UAGGAACUUCUCUGUCUCUGAUGAUCGUUAUAGGAAUCCAAGGCCAGACACAAACACUUAUGAAGCCCACAGCCAGUUCCAGGUCUUUCAGCCAAGAGGAUGAUGCGGAUGAAUGCAAAGUCAAGCAACCAAGGAGGGAUUUCAAGGCACCCCUUACUUUGCCGGUUACUCCCCAUCUGUACGAUGCCCCUUUUCCCUUUUACCGGCGGCCAGCUGAAAUGGGACGCUUUUCCCUAGACGCCAAGCGGGGCUUCCAUGGAGAUGCUCGUCAGCUGCGCUACUAUGCCCCGCCCCUUUCCGAAGGCCCCUCCCCUGGAUUUGACUUGCGGGAUGGCUACCGCGACCGCUAUGUGCAGCGGGAUGACAGCAUCCGUGAAGGCCUGGAGAACCUGCUGAAAUGGAUUGUGCAGAACCGGAAGCAGUUACAGACUGAGGACAAAGGAAAGCUCCUGAAUGCUGACUUUGUGACUUGGCGGGGGCAUUUCACCAAAGUGCUGACCACCCCAUACGAGAACCGAGAGGGAUGGUUGCUGGCGGUCACUCUCUUCCGAGGGACUUUGUACAUUAGCGAGUUUGAAACGGAGGCUGCCCGCAAAGAGCGGGAGCAACGCUCAGAAAUGCUGAAGGAGCUCACGUACAUGGGAUACAAAUUUGAGCAAUAUAUGUGUGCUGAUUCUCCAGAUGGGAUUCCUGAUCCAACAGGAGUAGUGAAUACAAAUGAAGCUUUCUGCACCGUGAUUCGGUCCCGCCUGGGAAGUCACUCACUUCUCUUCUCCGGAGAGGUAGAUUGCACUGAUCCCCGAAGCCCUUCGCCGCAGCCCCCUACUUGCUACGUGGAGCUGAAGACUAGCAAAGUCAUGCACAGCCCUGCUCAGAGGAGAAGUUUUUACAGGCACAAGCUAAUCAAGUGGUGGGCCCAGUCUUUUCUUCCAGGGGUAUCCCGGAUUGUGGCAGGGUAUCGGGGGCCGGAUGGCUCAGUUGUGGGGCUGGAAACUUUUGAGACUAUGAAAAUAUUCAAACUCAUUCGGGACGAUCCAGGCUGUUGGAAGCCAGCUGUGUGUAUGAAUUUCUGUGCUGCUUUUCUAGCCUUUUUGAAGACGGUGGUGACGGAAGACAAUCCAAAGUUGGUUCAUCUCUUUGCCUGGAACCCAGGGCACCCGGUUUCCUUCACAGUGCAUCAGGAUUCUCAGUACCGUUUCCUGCCUGACUGGUACGUGGAGGCUCUGAGUGCAGAGAAGCCCCCCACAUCAUGACUCCCGGAUUGAUGCACUGGAAGUCAAGCUGGUUUUGGGUCAAGAAACCGCUGGGUGGUAGACAGAAACAGGUACCAAGAAGUCAGUUACCUGCUACUUGGAGAACGGGAAGACGGCACGAUGGCACUGCUGUGAUAACAAAGGAAGGAAAAACCAACUGCCCCUGCAUUGUCUUCUGUUGGUUGCUUCUGCAGCAUGUUCUUUCUCAUGUCAUCUGUGGUUUACAAACAAUAAAGGAGGGAGCAAAAGUGUAACUAU